GACGGUACAUUGAAUUUGAUAUCCUGCUGAAGCCGCAAAUAAUGAGGACUUACCAUUGCCUACCACUAUUCAUCUGGACCUAUAUGUUUUAUGCAGUUGAUGCUAUCCCAUUACAAGAAAAAGCUAACAGUGAUUUACCAAGUAAAAGGAUGAUGAGUUUGACAAAAGAUGAUGGUAAAAUGCUACAUCGCACCAAGCGUGGCUGGAUGUGGAAUCAGUUCUUUUUGUUGGAAGAGUACACAGGUACAGAUACACAAUAUGUAGGCAAGCUUCACACUGACCAAGAUAAAGGAGAUGGAAAUUUAAAAUACAUAUUAACAGGAGAUGGGGCUGGCAGUAUAUUCGUUAUAGAUGAAAAUACAGGAGAUAUUCAUGCUGCAAAGAAAUUAGACAGAGAAGAAAAAUCCCUGUACAUUCUUCGUGCCAAGGCUAUAGACAGAAAGACUGGACGGCAGGUGGAACCUGAAUCUGAAUUUAUCAUUAAAAUCCAUGAUAUAAAUGACAAUGAACCAAAAUUCACAAAAGACUUAUACACUGCAAGUGUUCCUGAAAUGUCUGUAGUAGGAACAUCUGUGAUACAAGUGACUGCAACCGAUGCGGAUGAUGCCAACUACGGAAAUAGUGCCAAAGUGGUCUACAGCAUAUUGCAAGGACAGCCAUAUUUCUCAGUGGACCCAGAAUCAGGUAUAAUAAAAACUGCAUUACCAGACAUGAGCAGAGAAAACAGAGAGAAGUACCAAGUGGUUAUACAAGCCAAAGACAUGGGCGGCCAGAUGGGAGGCCUUUCUGGAACCACCACAGUGCACAUCACUCUGACGGAUGUCAACAACAACCCACCUCGAUUUCCCCAGAGUACGUAUCAAUUUAACUCCCCCGAGUCUGUCCCUCUCGGAACACAUCUUGGAAGGAUAAAAGCCAAUGACCCCGAUGUGGGGGAAAAUGCUGAGAUGGAAUACAGCAUUGCUGAAGGAGACGGAGCUGACAUGUUCGAUGUCAUCACUGACAAGGAUACACAGGAAGGGAUUAUAACUGUCAAACAGAAUUUAGAUUUUGAAAACAAAAUGCUGUACACUUUAAGAGUGGUUGCAAGUAACACACACCCAGAUCCACGAUUCCUACACCUGGGACCUUUCAAAGACACAGCUGUGGUCAAAAUAUCCGUGGGAGAUAUCGAUGAGCCUCCUGUGUUCAGUAAAAUUUCUUACUUAAUAGAGGUCGAUGAAGAUGUAAAGGAGGGCAGCAUCAUUGGGCAAGUUAUGGCAUAUGACCCAGAUGCCACAAACAAUUUCAUACAAUACUCUGUUGAUCGCCACACUGAUAUGGACCGGAUUUUCAGUAUCCACCCAGAAAACGGCUCUAUUUUCACUUUAAAACCCCUUGACCGGGAAUCAUCUCCAUGGCACAACAUCACCAUUAUAGCCACAGAAAUAAAUAACUCAAAACAAAGUAGCCAUGUUCCUGUCUUCAUCAGAAUUCUAGAUAUAAAUGACCAUGCUCCGGAAUUUGCCAUGUACUAUGAAACAUUUGUUUGUGAAAAUGCAAAACCUGGGCAGGUAAACAAAGUUUUGAUUCAGACUGUCAGCGUCAUGGACAAAGAUGAUCCUCCCCGAGGCCACAAAUUCUUCUUUGAACCAGUGCCAGAGUUUCCCCUCAAUCCAAACUUCACCAUUGUCGAUAACAAAGAUAACACGGCAGGGAUCAUGACUCGAAAAGAUGGGUACAGCCGCCACAAAAUGAGCACCUACCUACUCCCCAUUUUAAUCUUUGACAACGAUUAUCCGAUUCAAAGCAGCACCGGCACGCUCACCAUCCGCGUGUGCGCCUGUGACCAGCAAGGAAACAUGCAGUCGUGCAGCGCGCAGGCCUUGGUCCUGGCCGCGGGCCUGAGCACCGGCGCCCUGGUUGCCAUCCUGCUCUGUGUCCUCAUACUGCUCGUUUUAGUUGUGCUGUUUGCUGCAUUGAAGAGGCAGAGGAAAAAGGAACCUCUGAUCAUUUCGAAGGACGAUGUCCGGGACAACGUCGUGACCUACAAUGACGAAGGCGGCGGGGAGGAAGACACACAAGCUUUCGAUAUUGGCACGUUAAGGAACCCGGAGGCAAGAGAAGACAGUAAACUGAGAAGGGAUGUAAUGCCAGAAGCGAUUUUCCAGAUCAGGAGGACGGUGCCUCUGUGGGAAAAUAUUGAUGUACAAGAUUUUAUCCACCGAAGAUUAAAAGAAAAUGACUCAGACCCCAGCGCACCUCCUUACGAUUCACUGGCCACGUACGCCUAUGAAGGGAAUGACUCCAUAGCAGACUCACUCAGCUCUUUAGAAUCACUCACAGCAGAUUGUAACCAAGAUUAUGAUUACCUCAGCGACUGGGGACCUCGCUUUAAAAAACUGGCCGAUAUGUAUGGGGGUGAUGAGAGUGACCGAGAAUAGAGUAUUGUAUGACUUGACCCAUGUUAGUGGAAGUACUCUGUGUUAC